AUGUCUAUUUCACAAAUGGUGGCAUUUUCAGGAGCUCAUUCAAUUGGAAUUUCCCUGUUCCAAAGUUUUGCAGAUCGACUCUAUUCAUUCAAUUCUACUGAUUCACAGGAUCCUUAUCUGGAUUCGAAAUAUGCAUCUUUUAUGAAAAAGAAAUGUCCAAAUCGAGAAACUAACAACAUGGUUAAUCUGGAUGUUGCAACUCCAAAUAAGCUUGAUAAUCAAUACUACAAGAGUCUGAAGAAGAAAACAUGGUUGCUUUCUUCGGAUCAAGUCCUUCAAAGUAGUCAAUUAAUGACUAAUAUUGUAGCUAAAUAUUAA